CACGUGACCAACAGGUUGGUUUAGACCUUGGGGCCGUUGCGACUUCUAAUCGUGGUUGAAAAAUAAGAUAAAGCGCACCGUUCGGAUCUCCAUUUGAACAGCAUGCUGACAACUGAAAGAAGAGCUCCCUCUCAGGACUCUACAAGCAAAUUGACAUUUGAGGAGAAGCGUUACAACCCAGAGGACCCUACACUCACAUUUGUAGACAGAGAUGAUGAAAUGGAUUUCUUAUGUGAGGACUUCAAGUCUCUGAGAGCACUGAUGUCUUGUGGUCAUGCUGUCACUCCCAUGUCUCUCACCAAAUGGUGUCGUCGGUUGCUGGAUCAGGGUGAGAGCAAGUUUUUGUGCGGCCAGACUGGCUGUGAUGCUGAGUGGUCCUUUGAGGAGGUUUGUAAAAUGGCUCUUCUAACCCCUGAAGAAAUCGAGUACUUUGAAAAGAAAAUGUUCAGCAACUCUAAGGAUUUCUUUGAUGUCAAAUGCUGUCCUGGCUGCAAGUCUUCUGUGCUGAGAGCUGACUUCAGUAAUCUGUGUGUUGAAUGUACACUGUGCAAAGCUGAUCUAAAUCGGACCUUCAUGUUCUGCUGGCAGUGUUUGAGGAAAUGGAGAGGUUUCUUCUUUUGGGUCUUGUCCUCAUCGAUUUCCUCCGCCUGGCAGGAUCAGCAGUGCAUGGAUGACGGACAUGUGCUUAAUCCCAUAAGACACCAGCAGGGCUUUGUCCUCCAGUGGCUUCGUUCUAAACACCAGCCGCAUUUCACCAACUGAGCAGAAGCAGAGAGAAGAGCUUUAAAGAGCUGGGCUUGCUUCACGCCUCUAAGAGCAGAUCAGCAAAGCUAAUAUUUGGAUCAUUUAAUAUAUGUGAUGUAAUUAUUUAAUCAUACUAGCAAAAGUCGAAUAUUUGUUUUUAUUGUGUUUGUGGAGUCCCACUGUCAAUCAAUUUAACUAUACUGUUAUUCUAAGCCCCUUUUUAUCUGCUAAUUUAAGUCAUGUUUAUGGUGUUUGUAUGUGUUAUCUGAGUGACUGCAGACUACAUAAAUGGGAGGCCACACUGCAUUUUGUUUCAUUUUGGAAAUUAAAUAGAAUUUUUUUGUAAAUAGAAUCUGCUGCACAAUAACAUUUGCAUUUCUACAAAUAAUUAAUAACAGACGAUAAGAAGAGUCAUACUUACUUAUCACUAGUGCGUCAGAGAUUUUGCUUUUUAGCUCCAUCACUUUGAGGAUCUUCAUCUGGUCCAUAUUGUCACAAAUAUCGACUAUCUUCUCCUCUCCUCUCGGUCCGUUUACUUUCAGCUGGAUGGACAUUUUAGCACUAAGAGCUGGAUCUGUUUCUACUUCAAUCAGACCUUUAUUGAGGCUUUUAACUUCAACUAUCUUGGCCACGAGACAAAACCCCAGCAGUCGCCGCCCAUUUAGGAAUUCAGGUAAACAACUUCCUCCUGUGGAAUACUUCAGCACACUGUGAGGGGCAAAAUUAUGGGCUCAGUAAGCAAGGUGUCCCCUAAAUCCUAAAUAAAUGUGAAGAAAAAUAUUUUAUGUUCUAGGAAAAAGUAACAAGAAUACAGUUUCUAACAUGUAAUUGGUAUAUACAGCAGAUACUUCAAAGAUUUAUUUGUUUAAUAAUGAAGCUAAGUCAUCAGCAAAUGUCAGAGUCAUAUCUCUGGCAUCAUGUUUGUUUUGGAUCUGGUCAAGUGCCAGUUUUUGGUUGAGAUAAGUUACGGGAGUUAUCCGUAAACAUUAACUUUCAGGGAAAGUACUAUGAUUCAUCUUUUAUUUACUUUCUGUUGCUUCCCAGCAGUUACAAGAAUGAUAGGCUUAAUUCUUUUAUUUAGGCUGUCAGUGUUUCUCACAGAUUUAUUGCUUUAUUUUACUUUUAAUUUUUUUAUUGUACCACCUUUGGAAUUUUUUUAAACACAGCUUUGUAAAAUUUUGCCCUUUGUAGAGGGAUGGUGAAAAGUACAGUCAAGGUACUUCUCGUGAAGUUCAAGAUUUAAAAAAAAAGAGCAUAAUUUUUUUUUAAAUCUAGUCCUUACUAGGUCCUAAAAUAAGACAAAUACAGCUCGAGAUAAAAGAAUAGCACAUGACAUGUUGUGCAGUGUCAUUAUUUAUUUGACAAAAAUUAAAAUGUGUGUGCAAAAACUAAGGGCACCCCAUUAUUCUGAAGCUUCUAGAACCACCUUUACCCACAAUAACUUGAAGUAAUAAUUUGUUAUAUUACUUUAUCAGUCUCUCACUUCACUGUGGAGGAAUUUUGGCCCACUCUUCUUUACACUGUGUAGUCAGUUCAGUGAGUUUUGAUUCAAUUAUUUAUGCAGAGUUCUUUUCGGGUCCUGCUAUAGCAUUUCAGUCGGGAUUUGAUUCUUUUCUGUUUCAGUCAUUCAUUCAGUAGUUCUGCUGCUGUGCAACUGCUUAGGAUCAUUGUCUUAUUACAUGACACAAUUUUCAGCCAAGCUUUAACUGUUGGACAGAUGGCCUGAUAUUUGACUUUAGAAUGAUAGUGACUGCAAGGUGCCCAGGUCCUGUGGCUGUGAAACAAGCCCAAAUCAUCACCCUUCCACCACCGUGCUGACAGUUAGUAUGAGGUGUUUGUGCUGAUAUGCUCUUUCACUAUCUCGAUAGUGACACUGUGCGUUACAGGUGACUUUGGUGUCACCUGUUCAAAGGAUAUUGUUACAGAAGUCUUGUGGUUUCUUUUGAGACAAACCUAAGCUAGUCUCCAUGUUCUUCUUAGAGGGAAAAGGCUUUCUCCUGCUAACCCUUUGAAACAAGCCAAACUUGUUCAUUCUUUUUCUAAGUUUACUGUCAUAAAAUUAGCAUUUAACUUGCUAAACGAAGCCUUAAGAGUCUAAAAUGUAGGUCUGGGGUUUUUUUUUGCAGUUUCUCUGAGCACGUUGCAGUCUGACUUUGAUUGAAUUUCCUGGCACACUCAUUCUUGGCAACUUUCUUGAAGGACUUCACAUUUUUUGGAAAUGCCCUUAUAACUCUUCCAAGACUGGUAGCACCACUCCUUUUUAAGUUUUUUGAGAUCGCUGCUGAUAUCUUUUUACUUGGCAUUGUGUUAACACACACCUGAAUGCCCCAGAUUAGAAUUUGUGAUAAACAAAUGCUGAUAAACAGUUAAUCAAGUGUAUUUGAUUAAAGCACCUGGCUGCUGUUCAUUGUCUUAAUUCCGAUAGUAAGUAAAGGUGUACCUAGUACCUAAGCAGUACACAUUACUUCUGCAUUGUGGCAAUUUUUUGAUGAAUAAAUAAUGGCAUGCUGUCAUAUGUCAUGUUUUGUUGUUUAUCUGACCAAUCCAAAUGUAUGCAUCCUGAUGCAUGAAACUUUAUAAGUGACAGACGGUGGACUUUCUUUUUACCAUGACUACACCACCACCUACUGAAAGACUCUAGAUCACAACUAUGAAUUAAUGCUUUGUUUGUGGAGUGAUGGACCUUACUUGUGUGAUUUCAUUAUUCUGUAUUUAUACUUAAAUGUAUGUGUUUUUAAAAAUGGUAAUAAUACCAUUAAGACCGUCAAAUUACUUUUAAACCAGUUCAACAAGACAUAAAGAAACAAGUAACCAGUGACAAGAACAA